AUGGCAGCAUUUUACAAGACUUUAUUAAAUGUGUUACGAACUGCUUGUCACUCUGUGGGCCGCGCCGGCUGGCUCAUCGGUUCUCAGGGUAGAGUCCCAUCCCUGGCCCGCAGUCCGAACAAUCGAUUACAUCAUCGAUACACAAACAGCUGUGGAGAACGGAACUACACAACACUACAACAAAAGACGACGGAAAUCCACAACAUAAACAACAAAACCUGCAAUCAACAACAAAACGGUAAGAUCCCGGUUCCGGACCCAGGCGUACCCGCCCUGCCUGAGAUGACACCACUCCGUCAUCUCCCUCAUGUUGGCCACCGAAUGGACCUACUUCAUCCUGUGUUGGCCAUCGUGUUUCUCUCUCCCCCUACAGCAAUAAUUACUCGGACAUUUUCAUCAUCAGAUCAACAAAGAAGAAACAAACAAAACAGGCUAGGAACACCAUGAUGCUGCAAAAAGGUAACAAGCUCGCCGGAAAAUACUGUGGCAAGAUGCUAGUGCAGAAACAAUGCGGGAAUUAUAAAUGUAUCUAGGUAUAUACAUACAUAUAUGUUCAUGUACCGGUAAGUGUAUUAUGAUUGUGAUUAGUGUGUGAUUCUAUGUAAAUGUGAAUAUGUAUCGCUUAAGGACUACCUUGCCUACCUAAAGAGCUCUUUGGGUUAGU